AUGAACAUGGCACCUCAACCAGACGAGACUGGGUUGGAUGCUGCUGGCGUGGAGCAGAACAGCACUUUCAAGGCUCGGAUGGAGCAGUUCAAAUAUUCCCCGCUGAAAAAAGCAGAUGCAACACGACGCUCCCCAAGACUUGCGAGUCCACGUGCACUUGUUCUCUCCAAGGCGCAGAGUGCUUCUCCGUCGCCGAGAAAACGGUCUCGGACGCUGCGACAUGACCAGACUGAGGCAGACGACAAGAGUACCGUGGAAGAGGAGGAAGAUGGUCGGAGAUCCGACCCCUCGACGCCUGAUGCACUAUCCACAGCACCCAGGCUGAAAAAGCGAAGGAGCACGACCAAAGAGCGAGCAUCCAACGAUCCAUACAAUCCCAUCAACAACCUGGUGGACAGUCUACGGCCUGGCCUGACUCUGGUAUGCAUCGGCCUCAACCCGGGGCUCAUGACAGCCGCAACCGGCCAUGCAUACGCCCAUCCCUCCAAUCGGUUCUGGCACCUCCUUCAUACGUCUGGCAUUACCCCCAAGAAGCACCUCCCAUCCGAGACGAGGGAUUUGAUGGACCUUUACCAGAUUGGCAAUACGAAUAUAUGCGUUCGGCCUACCAGGAGUGGGGAUGGUUUGAGUAAACAAGAGAUGGAGGAGGGUGCUGUCACCCUCGAUAAAAAGAUUGCAUUCUACAAACCCGAGGCCGUGGUCAUAGUCGGAAAAGGCAUUUGGGAAGCCAUCUGGAUGGCUAAGAAAGGGCAGAAGAAGUUCAAUGAUCCAAGUUUCCACUGGGGAUGGCAAGACGAGGAGUUGCAAUUGGGGAGGAUCUGGGAAGAUGGACACCUGGCGUGGCCUGGGGCAAGGACAUUCGUGGCCACCUCUACCAGUGGGCUAGCGGCUACACUGACCCCAGCAGAGAAACUGGCCAUCUGGAAGCCGUUAGGCGACUGGAUGACGGCUAAGCGAAAGGAAUCAUUGAAGAACGAAGGAUGA